AUGGGCUACCCGUCCCAGCGCUCGGCCACUGAUCUGGACGCCACCCCCAGGACCACGAUCACCUUUGAGGGACGGGGUGAGGGACUGAGCACGGUGGAGAGGCUACGGGGCGGCCUCCAGCCCCUCAAGCUGCAGCCGCUGGAGCCCGUCAGGCUGCCCCGUGUCGAGGGCCUGGAGUCGAUGUGCCCCGAGCCCCGCGGGUGGGGAAUGGCCCUGCCGCCCUGCGGUGUCUCUCCCACAGCGAGGACGAGCAAGAUCCACUGGGAAGCAUCUCCGGAGAAGCGGCUGGACUGCCUGCAGAAGGGCAAGAACAACCAGCCCCUGUCCCCCCAGGAUGCCGACAGGUUCACGUUGCCAUCCCACUUUGAGGAAGGGAAGGAGAAGUGCCCGUACGACCCCUCCCGCGGCUACACCGGCCUCAUCGUGGAUGGCGGCCUGUACACGGCCACGCGCUACGAGUUUCGGAGCCUCCCCGACAUCAGGAGGAACCUGCACCAGCGGCCCCUGAAGACGGAGGAGUCCCCGCUGCACUGGCUGAACGACGCUGAGUUUGUGGCCUCUGUGCUGGUCCGCGAGAGCCAGGACAGCCCCGUGGGUGAUGAUGACAAGAUUUACUAUUUCUUCACGGAGCGGGCUGGCGAGGAGACCACGUCCUUCUUCGACAAGAGCCAGGCGGCCCGCGUGGCCCGCGUGGCCCGUGUGUGCAAGAGUGACCUGGGCGGGAAGAAGAUCCUGCAGCGCAAGUGGACGUCCUUCAUGAAAGCACGCCUGGUCUGCUACAUCCCCUACUACGAGGUGCUGCGCAGCGUCUGCAGCCUGGACGGCGGCGCCUGGCCCAGCACCGUCUUCUAUGCUGCCUUCACCCUCUCGGCGCAGUGGAGGACCAUGGAGGGGCCGCUCGCCUCGCCGCUCGGCAGCGCCUCCUUCGCCGAGGAGCUCAGCAGGAUGCUGGAGAAGCGCAAGCACACGCAGCUCGUGGAGAAGCUGGACGAGAGCUCCGUGUAG